CGGUGUGAGACACGGGGUGAGACACGGGGUGAGACACGGGGUGUGACACGGGGUGAGACACGGUGUGAAACACGGGGUGAGACACGGGGGGAGACACGGUGUGAGACACGGGGUGAGACACGGGUUGAGACGCGGGGAGAACCGAAGACUCACCCGCCGGAGAGAGGAGCUGCCAAAGGCCCCACGGCGGAGGUCCCCACGGCGGAGGGUGUCCCCACGGCGGAGGGUGUCCCCACGGCGGAGGGUGUCCCCACGGCGGAGGGUGUCCCCACGGCGGAGGGUGUCCCCACGGCGGAGGUCCCCACGGCGGAGGUCCCCACGGCGGAGGUCCCCACGGCGGAGGUCCCCGGCUCUCCGGGCGGGCUGCUGGGGCUGUUACGUCACCACGGCAACAACAGGCGCAUGGCGGAGGAGUCGGGGGGGCGGGGCGAGGGGAGGGGGAGGGGCUUCCGUGAGGCUCCAAAGGAAGUGGGCCCCCUGGUGGGCUGUGGGCGGAUCGCAGCCUCGAACUCGCCACCCACCCUCAUCCACCCACCUCCUUCACCGCCCGGGUUACUGGGCGGUGGUGGUGGUGGUGGCGGUGGUGGCGGUGGUGGUGGUGGUGGUGGCGGUGGUGGCGGUGGUGGUGGUGGCGGUGGUGGCGGUGAGGGUGUGGAAGAAGAGGCCUAUGGCGCUGACUGGGAAUUCCGCUGGGCAAGGCUGCUGGAAUUUCGCAAGGCUCAUCGUCAAGAGUGCUGCAGUGGUGAUGAUGAUGGUGGUGAUGACGGUGGUGGUGGUGGUGACGGUGGUGGUGACGGUGGUGGCGGUGGUGGUGGUGGUUGGAGAAAUGCGGUGGAUGGGCAUCAGUGCACGUUUGUGUACCGCGUGGGUCGGCGUCUCUUCGUGGAGCCGGCGAGCGGCGGUGGCGACGCUUCGUGCGCCGUCUGUGGCCGCACGAAGCGCGGAGACACGAGACGCACAAACCUCAUCAGGGUGACUUUGUCCCAGGGUUCCCUGCUGCCUCCACACCGCCCCCGCCUGCUCACAGCAGCCCACGUGGUACCACAACAACCAUCACAACAACCACAACAACCAUCACAACAACCACAACAACCAUCACAACAACCACAACAACCAUCACAACAACCACAACAACCAUCACAACAACCACAACAACCAUCACAACAACCACAACAACCAUCACAACAACCACAACAACCAUCACAACAACCACAACAACCAUAACAACAACAACAAUCACAACAACAACAACCAUCACAACAACCAUCACAACAAGAACAACCAUCACAACAACAACAACCAUCACAACAACCAUCACAACAACCAUCACAACAACAACCAUCACAACAACAACAACCAUCACAACAACAACAACCAUCACAACAACCACAACCAUCACAACAACAACAACCAUCACAACAACAACCAUCACAACAACAACCAUCACAACAACAACAACCAUCACAACAACCAUCACAACAACCAUCACAACAACAACAACAAUCACCACAACAACAACCACAACAACCAUCACAACAACAACAACACACACACAACAACCAUCAUCACCACCACCGUCACCAUCACCACCAUCACCACCACCAUCACCACCAUCAUCAUCACCACCAUCAUCACCAUCAACACCACCAUCACCACCACCAUCACCACCAUCAACACCACCAUCACCAUCAUCAUCACCACCAUCACCACCACCACCAUCACCAUCACCACCAUCAUCACCAUCACCACCAUCAUCA